AUGGUACGGAUGAAAAACGGUCGGCCUGCUUUGAAGUGCGCGGUGUGUUUGAAGCAUGCAGACCCCACAGCCAACACUAACUACGGCAUCAAGGGUGAGGGAGGACGAGACCUCCAGCUCGGCAGCAUCCGCGCGCAUCUGGGAACACGAGCACAUAAGAGUGCUCUUAAGGCGGAGGCCGACGCUGAGAAGGAGAAGGCGCAACAGGCUACGCUCACUCGCUGGCAAACUACUGACGCGGCAACGCGACACCUCAUUCGGUGUCUUCAUGUCGCCAUUGAGGCGCUGUCGGCCAAAGAUGCUGCUCUUGCUGUGCCGGAUUUUAACAUGGUGGACAAGGUGGUGAGAGGGCUGGCUGAUCUGCUUGGACGCAGCCACGUGGAUGUCACACUUGUGGCCCAUCUUGUGGAGCAGACGCGCAUGCGCAACACAAAGCAUUACCUCACGAUUGAGAGUGGCCAGAGCUUUGGCGAGGGCGACAAGAUGCAGCUGCCCGCGUUUUUGGCGGCCUAUGAGUCAACCGAGAAGCGUGAGGUGCGCGCGGAGGGAGUUGAUGCAGACGACAAUCCUUCCACUACCGUCUUCAUCCUUCACGAACGUCUGCUGAAGGGCUACAACUCGGGCAGCGACGUCACGGCCUGCUACGAGCUGGCCACGAGCUACGCAAGGGAGGUGAACACCAGUUUGGGGCGGCGCAUGAGGGACCUGGACAAACUUGAGGGUACUAAGUUAUCUGAGCGAUGA